UCCUCCCGCUCUUAUUCUCCUCCUCCUCCUCCGAGUCCUCUCUUUGAGUCUAUAUCCUCUGCCUCUCGAAGCCAUGUUGAGUGAAGAAAAAGCUCUUCUUCUUGUGCAGUUGCUGUGCUCUGUUUGAGAAAUGAGAGAAGAAGCAUAAGACACGAUGAAAAUGAUUCGGCUCCUUCCAAGGUGUCGCCUCCAAUUCGAUACAAGUAGAACCCUGUCUUCUGUUACACGGUUGCCUCAACAUGCUGAAGUUGAUCAGAACAUGGCUUCAUUCUAUUCCAUAUCUUCCAAUCCGUUCUUCUCCCUUCUCGGCAUCUGCCCAAACGCCUCCUCUCUCAAGAAAAUCCAUUCCGCUCUUAUAAUACAUGGGUUUUCCAGCAACAUUCUCUUUCAGACCAAGCUGCUUAGCCUAUAUGGUUCUUUCGGCCACAUCAAAGAUGCACGAGUGGUGUUCGACAGUUUGCCUGAACCGGAUUUUUACUCGUACAAGGUAAUGAUGAGAUGGUAUUUCUUGCAUGAGAUGCACUCGCAGCUUAUUGAACUCUACGGGUGUUUGAGGGAACGCCACACAGAAUUUGAUAACGUCCUCUUCUCCGUGUUGUUGAAAGCCUGCAGCGAACUGUGUGAUGUCGAUAUGGGGAGGAAGACGCACGGAGAAAUAGUGAAAGCCGGGAAUCCUGAUAGCUUCGUGUUGACAGGUCUCGUUGAUAUGUAUUCAAAAUGCGGAUUGCUAGAGCUUGCUCGUCGGGUAUUUGAUGAAACAGUGGAUAAAAAUGUAGUUUCAUGGACAUCAUUGAUUUCUGGUUACGUCCAAAACGAUUUAGCAGAAGAAGGUCUGAUGUUGUUCAAUCGGAUGAGAGAUGAGGCGAUUGAAAUCAAUGAUUUUACAUUAGGGAGUCUAGCUACGGCAUGCACAAAGUUGACUUCUUUACAUCAAGGGAAAUGGAUUCAUGGCUUCCUCAUUAAGAAAGGAAUGGCUCUGAAUUCUUUCCUUCUUACAACCCUUGUUGACAUGUACGUCAAGUGUCGAAAACUUGAGGACGCCCGACAGGUAUUCGAUGAGCUUCCUACAGUCGACCUUGUCUCUUGGACGGCUAUGAUUGCUGGAUACACACAGAAUGGUCAUCCCUACGAUGCAUUGAAGUUAUUUACGUAUCAUAAGGGGAUUCUACCCAAUUCCUUUACAGUUUCAACCAUUUUAUCGGCCUGUGGUCAAUGCGUUAAUCUGUCGCUAGGCAGAUCGAUCCACUCCGUCGAAAUUAAACUUGCCUUUGACGACGAUCAAAUGGUGGUUAACGCUCUUGUCGACAUGUACGCAAAAUGUCACAUGAUUGGAGACGCCCGUCUCGUAUUCGAUACGGUUACUUGUAAUAACAAGAAGAAUCUGAUUACAUGGAACACAAUGAUUUCUGGGUAUUACCUAAACGGUUAUCACUACGAGGCGGUGAGAUUAUUCAAUGAAAUGAGACGGUCGGAAAAGCUGUCGCCGGAUGCUGUAAGCCUCGUGACGCUCAUGUCGUGUUUCGCUUCGAUCGGAGCACUAGAGCUGGGCUCUUCAGUCCAUGGCUAUUCGAUAAAAGAAGGCUUGUCUUGGUCAAAUGUUUAUAUAGGGACCGCGCUGGUAAACCUAUACGCGAAAUGCGGUGAUGCGGGGUCUGCUCGCGUGGUGUUCGAGGGCAUGGAAGAGAAAAACGCCAUCACGUGGAGCUCGAUGAUCGGAGGGUGUGGAAUGCAAGGAGACGCGGUUGGGUCGUUGUCACUUUAUAGUGAUUAUUUGUCGUUGGAAGAUAAUUUGGAGGCUAACGACGCUAUUUUGACGACAGUUUUGUCUGCUUGUAGUCAUACAGGAAGAGUAGGACAAGGGUUGGAAUAUUUCGAUUCGAUAAUCGUUCCUUCUGAAAAGCAUUUCGUUUGCGUCGUGGAUGGGUUGGCUCGGACGGGGAGGCUUGAAGAAGCUUGGGAUUUUAUGGAAAGGAGUGGAUGGGGCGGGAUUAGUGUGCUUGCGGCGUUUCUUCACGGAUGUUGUUUAUAUUCACGGUUUGACCUUGGGAAAGAAGCGGCCACGAGAAUGGUGGAGUUGCGGCCAGAAGAAGCUUCUUAUUAUGUGUUGUUGUCAAACUUUUAUACACGGUGUGGGGAUUUGAACAAGGCUAAUGAGGUGAGAGACCUUAUGAAGAAACACAGAUUUAGUAAAUCUCCUGGUUGCAGCCAAGUAGAGAUGGACGCUUUUUACCCACCAAAGAGCAGCAGCAGUCGUCUUCAGGUUGCAGCCAAGUAGAUAUGGACGCUUUCUACCCACCAAAGACCAGUAUCAGAAGCCAGUCUUCUGGUUGCAGCCAAGUCGAGAUGGACGCCUUCUACUCAUCAAAGACCAGUACCAGCAGCAGCAGCAGCCGCAGCCUGGUUGGUUGUUUUCAGAGAGUCUAUGGAAAUAAUGAAUAAAGACCAUGCAUGCAUCAAACAAAUCUCUUUAGUCUUAUAAUUUUCAGAGAGUUUGUCUGUCUACCCGUAUUAAUUAUGACUUACAUUACUGGAAAUUAACAUUUUAGUUGGA